ACAUUUAUACAAAACGAUGUUAAAUGUCUACACUAUGUUUCCGUUAAAAAUUAAACAAUACAUUUUAUUUAGGCAAAGCUUGUACGCUUUUAAAAUAUUGUACAUUUCACAAAAUAAUUUUGGCAUUGAAUUUGAAUGUGUGAGUGUCCCUAAGAGUUGCUCGCUAGAAACUGAUUUCCGAAUAUGAAAACCCCGAUUAAAUACAGCUCGAAUCAUUCGAGCGAACAAAGAAUGUACAUAAACCGGUUUUGUAUUAAAAACGCUAGUACAAAGGUACUCAUCUAUACGUUGUAACGAUGAGUACCAAAUAUUAGGAUGGUAAUACCUUAAGUCGGGCUGUUAGCACUACAUACCUGUGACAUUAGUGUAUUUGUAGUGUCCUGCGCAUGACAAGUAAUUUUAAUUUUUUAUUGAUCGUCUUGUUUAAACUUGAAAGAUUCAUCACAGGUGCAUGGACAAACCAUUUAUCAACAUUUCACGAAACUUCUGAAGUAUAAUAUGAAACAUAAUAUUUUUUCACUUUUCCAUUUUGAUAAAAUUGAACGACGUAAACUUAGUACAAUUAAUGCAAAUGUGCAAUUAAUACAAAACAACAAUAACAACAACAAAACAAAAAUGAGACAAGAACAAAAACAACAACAAAGCAAAAGCAACAACCAAAAUGGCGAUAUAAUGGAUCUCGAAAUUUCACUUGUAGAUACAUUCCGCUAAAAUGUCUCCGUACUUUAUUUGGAAUGUGCAAUCUUUAAUUAUAUGAGGUUGACACGAUUAAUACCAUAUCAAAGAUAGUUCUACACCGAAAACGAUACCUUCGAGCAACAGAGUAAUCAUGGCAACAGGGUCUUCAAGCAACUCAGGAAUUGCGGACAACCAGGCGUACACGCACAGGUGUCAUAAUCUGAUAACGAAUGUUGGUGGUAUGGUAUAUAGACACAUUCUCCAAAACGAGCUUGAUUGCAGGAGAACAAGUUUAGAAGAAUUUUUGAAAAACAAUAAGCAGGCCAUAACUGAUUUGAAAACAAAUCGAGAUCUUUUAAAUGUUUUGUUUCCGAGAAAUGAAGCGGCUAAAACAGAUGCAGAGUUUGACAUAUCGGCAAUAGCAUUUUUACUGCGAAACUUCUUCACCAAAGACGGCGAAACACUACACAUCGGUUUUUACAGAUCCGGAGAUCCCACAUUAAUAGAUGGAAAUACAAAAGCAUGGAACUGGUCAGUGGAUGACAUGUAUCCUUGGAAUACCAGUGUAAUAUACGAUAUAACAAGAAUUAAAGAAUAUAGAAAUAUGAUUCAUCACAUAGUGAACACAAAGAAAUGGCUAACAGAGAUUGAUUUCAAAAGACAUUGGUGUGGUAUGUCAGCGGCUCUCUUAAAUCUUGGGCGUGUUUUUGGAAUACCAAACAUGUUUUUUGAGAUAGAGACAGUUUUGCGUGAGAAUCUUGACCCCAAAAGACAGGACGAAACUCCGAAGAUGAGUACCAUGGCAACAGAACCUGACAAUUUGAAAGAAUGUUCCGCAAGAGAGAUGGCUUUUCGACAAAAGUCUUUUUCUGACGUUUUUGUGGAGACUGAGGCAUAUAGAAAUAUCUCACGACGUCUACAGGAGAAAAAAAUAGUUGUUAUAAGUGGAAAUCAUGGAGAGGGCAAAAGUACAAUUGCAUUGAAGCUAAUUUCAGAACAUUAUUCAAAAGGAUACAGAAUACUAAAAACACCCGAAGACUGGAGAUCUGUGAGCACCGAAACUUGUGAUGUAAUAUUGAUUGACGACAUGUUUGGAAUUGCUGUUCUUGACGAAAGUGAUUUAAAAAAUUGGCAGCGCUAUCUAAAUGAAAUGCAGCAGGCAGAUGGUGUAUUCAUUAUAAUAACGAUAAAGCCGCACAUUCUACAACAAGUUAAGAAACGUAUUCCAUUAAAGCUUUGGACCUGGUUUGAUGACAAUGUUGAAAAAGUCAUAUCUGAGAAAAUGUCAAAUGAUGAGCGCCGUGAUAUUCUGAAGAGUCAUUUGAACGUAAACGGACGUGAAGUAAAUAAUGUUUCUUUAGACGACUGUCUCACAAAGUAUACAAAUCAACAAUCGGCAAUGUUUAACAUAGGUUUUCCUCAGUGUGCAAGUAUGUAUGCCAAAUAUCUAGAACUCUUUGAAAAUUCUGGAUUCACGUUUUUCGAAAAGCCGAUAUAUUUUAUCAAAAACUGUCUUCGUGAUAUGUUGAAUGGAGACACUAAUUCUUUCUCAGCAUUUUCUUUCUUAUGGUCACAAUCAAACCAGACAGUGACGAUAACAGAAGUAGAGAAUAAGGAAAAGGACGAACACAGUGAAAUUUCUCGACGAUUAAAGCUAUGCAAAGUGCCCUCAUCAUCUUUUGUUAAAGACACAUUGCUUUUAUACAAAGACGGAUUCAUUAACUAUAUUGAAGACAACGAGGAAUUCCGCUUUAGUCAUGAUAUUAUUGCCGACGUAGUAGGUUUACUGGUUUGUGAGAAGGAUAUCAACAAUGGCAUCAAUCUAUGCUCACUUGAUUUUCUCAUGACGUACGUCACAACAGCCGACAUAACAGAUAAUGAACGAAUAGUAAAAGUAUAUAUAACGAAGUCAAGAUUUGAACUAUUGCUCAAACGGCUGUUGUAUUUUUAUAGAUCAAAUAAGAAGGUUCUAUCUCAUGAUGCCUUCGGAAAUGAAAAUUUCGUUUCAGAGUUACAGAAGAGAGAAGAUGUAGACCUUAAAAUCUUUGAAAUAUUUCAUGACGCGUGUACUGAAGGUGCUAGUAAUACUGUUUCGUGUAUGUUAAAAUGUGGAAUAGAAGGACAUGAAGUAGAGGGAUUUAGUCCCAUACACAUGGCUGCAAAUUCUGGUCACUAUAAAAUCGUAUCUUUAUUCGCUGAGAAAAAUCCCGAACUACUCAAAUUGAAGAUUUCAGGUGGAGAAAAUAUAUCACAAAAGUAUCGAGGAGCAACAAUAUUACACAUAGCAGUUCUUAACGGGUUUGAUGCGAUGAUAAAUGAAUUUUUUAAGCAUGCUGAUGUCAAAUUAAGAGAUUGUGAAGGAAACACGCCAUUACUCCUUUCUAUAAAGGAGCGUAAAAAUAAAAUAACACGGAUUUUUCUUACAGCUCAAGAUGCUGAAAUCAAUACACCUGACUUUAAUCUUUCAACCCCUCUGAUGGAAGCAGUAAAAAACAAAAGUCUUAAGAUCGUUAAGAUGCUUCUUAGUUACAAGGUUAAGGAUAUAAAUUGCCUAAAUAUGAAUAAUCAAACAGCACUCGACAUUGCUCAUCUAAAAGAAGAUAAUAAAAUAGUGAAAAAACUAAAGGAUUACGGAGCUAAAACCGCAAAAGAAUUGACUGAUCUGAAUGAGUGAAUAAUGAAUAGGUGCUUUGUAUUAUGCUAUGCAAUUGCAAGCAUAGGUCAGAACGUACUUCCACAUAUAUAAUAAUAACAAUAUUUUGGCGGAACAGGUACUCGUACAAAUCAUUUAUGGAAAGCCUUGACUGUCUUAUGAUUUUAAAAAUGAACGUUGUUGUGUCACUCGUUCUUUAUACGAUGUGCACUCAUGAGUAUAUUAUGUAGAUGCAUCUUUAUAUGAAGUCAACUCAACAAUAUAUGAUGUCAAUGUGACUUUAUAUGAUGUCGCCCAGUCAUUAUACGAUGUGCAUUUAUGAAAAUAUUAUGUGGUUGCAUCAUUAUAUACAGUCAACUUAUCAAUAUAUUAUGUCAAUCUUUCAUUAUACGAUGUGCAUCUAUUAUUAUACGAUGUGCAUUUAUUAUUAUACGACGUGCUUCUAUUAUUAUACGAUGUGCAUUUAUGAAUAUAUUAUGUGGUUGCAUCAUUAUAUACAGUAAACUUAUCAAUGUAAUUUGGGAACAGUCAAACUGUUGGCCCGAGGUGGAGGGGUAGUGUUUUGAACUGUUGCCCAAGGCCGUAGGCCGAGGGCAACAGUUCAAAACACUAUCCCGACACCGAGGGACAACUGUUUGACUGUUUCCAAAAUCACAUAUGAAAUAACUGUUUUAUUACCUGAUCAAUUACUGUUUUAACAGACUUGCAGAAGAAAAAAGGUAUAAGAAAAUAGUUAUGCCCAUAUGUUCAUAAUUAACCUUAAUACUUUAUGUCACGUCACGUCUGGUUCAUGAUCAAGAUCGAUGGGCGCUUCAAGUGGGAUCCUCUAUGACGUCAAUGACGUCAGAACACACGAGGGAAACAGUCGAAACUGUUGACCGGUCAACAGUUUGCGAACGUUGACGUUUUAAGAAUUUCAGAAAACAGUGAAAAAUACCAAAUAACAUUUAUAUAAUGCAUCAGGUAAUAAUAUACGAUGUGCAUCUAUUAUUAUACGAUGUGCAUUUAUGAAUUUAUUAUAUACUUAUAAAUGAAAUAUUGAGAAAUAUUGAUGAAAUAAAAUGUGUAUUUUCA